GUGACGUCACAGACGACCUUGGACAAUGUCGUGAUUCAGUCGAGCACCAGAGAGCUUGCCUCUGUCGACACAAGAGCGUACCCACUCGGGCAAUUUUCCAAAGACAUUGUGCAAAUGCGGCCGACUUCUCGCCAGCAUCGCAUCCCUCGAUAAGGGCUUGAAAGUCCCCUCUGCAGCGCAUCCCCGGAUGAGCAAGUGAUGCGUGCUUUUGCGCAAAGAUCGUAAUCUCGCUCGUCUGUUUUAUGGUCCAGUCGACCAUCCUAUUGCCUUGCUGCGGCUCUGCUUUCACUCCACACACUGCACGUAUCCUCUCGGACAAUUCUGCGCGCUAGCAAAGCAAACGAAAUGAAUUCAACCACAACGCCCGUUGCGAACACCCGGGCGGUCCUGUCGGUAUUCGAAAAAUAUCAGAAGGAGCGGCUGCUGUUUGUCCAGACUGUCGCCGAUCUGGCGUCACGAGAGUCAAACAUCGAGGCGCUGCAGAGCGCUGGUGUCAUGUCGCUUCUGCGUCCGCUCUUGCUCGACAAUAUCCCGGCCAUCCAGCAGGCCGCCGCGCUGGCUCUCGGUCGCCUGGCCAAUUACAACGAGGAGCUUGCCGAGUCGGUCGUCGAUUCGGAUAUCCUCCCGCAACUCGUAUACUCUCUCUCGGAGCAAAAUCGAUUCUAUAAAAAAGCGGCUGCUUUCGUUUUACGCGCAGUUGCCAAGCACUCACCCGAGCUCGCCCAGUCCGUGGUUGACUCUGGAGCGCUCAACGCUCUGGUGAGCUGUCUCGAGGAAUUCGAUCCCGGCGUCAAAGAGUCGGCAGCGUGGGCACUGGGAUAUAUUGCUCGUCAUAACGGAGACCUUGCGCAGGCCGUCGUCGACGCUAGCGCAGUACCUCUACUGGUGCUGUGUGUGCAGGAGCCAGAGCUGUCUCUGCGGCGUAUCGCUGCCUCGGCCCUGAGCGAUAUCGCCAAGCACUCGCCCGAGCUCGCUCAAUCCGUCGUGGAUGCCAACACAAUCGCGUUCAUCGCUCCGCUGCUCGGAAACCCCGAUGCCAAGUUGCGCCGACAGGUCUGCAGCGCACUCUCGCAGAUAUCUAAGCACACUGUCGACUUGGCCGAGACUGUUGUCGACGGAGAAAUCUUCCCGAACGUCCUGAACUGUAUGAAAGACACCGAUGGAUAUGUCAAGAAGAAUGCCGCAACGCUGAUUUGCGAGAUUGCCAAGCAUACCCCCGAGCUUGCCCAACUGAUUGUCAAUUCCGGCGGCAUCGCUGCCGUCGUCGAUUACAUCAACGAUAGCCACGGAAAUGCCAGACUACCGGGUAUCAUGACACUAGGAUAUAUAGCGGCCUUUUCCGAGACGCUUGCGCUUGCCGUGAUCGUCGCCAAGGGUGUGCCGCCACUGGCGCACGCUCUGGUCACCGAAACCGAGGAACAUAUCAAGGCGGCGUGCGCUUGGUCUUUGGGACAAAUCGGCCGCCAUUCUCCCGACCAUGCCAAAACUCUGGCCGACCAUGCAGUUCUCCCCAAGCUCCUCAAGGUUCUUACAUCCUCGGAUGAAAACGGCGAGGGUGAGGUCGGAGCAGAUCUGAAAACCAAAGCCAAGCGCGCACUCAAAUGCAUUCUCGAAAAGACGCUGCAUCUCGAAGCACUCGAUCCGCUGCUGAAACAGACAACACCGGCCAACAUCCUCAAGUACGUUGUUGGCCAGUUUGCCAAAAUCUUACCGCAUGACGUGGCGGCACGCCGAGCAUUUGUGACGUCUGGAGGGCUGCAGCGCAUCCAGGAAAUUGCUGCCAGCUACGGAAGUGGACCGCAAGGACAAGUUUUGGGGACGGCAUCGAACAACCAGCCCAACUCGCUUAUGGGCACCAAGAUGGGCGAGUACAUUCGUACCAUCAACGAAUGCUAUCCCGAGGAAAUUGUGCGAUACUACUCGCCCGGAUACUCGGCAACGUUGUUGGAGAAGAUCGACGACUAUAAUCCCCUGCAGGAGUAUGUCUCGGGCCAAGCUAAACUGGAAGCAGCCACUCCUCCGGGCGAGUCGAUGCAACCCGUGCUGCCGCAGGGUCUGACGGCCUGAUGACGGAACAGCGGCUCAGUGUCCAGAUGCGCUUCCAGAGGGUAAUGAACAGAAGAGAUGGAAUCGGAAUGCAAACAAAUGAAUGCGCGAGUGCCUCAUCGACUGCUCAUUUGUGAGCAUGAGUACUGGAUAUGCAAUGGGCAGGAAAUGGACGAGCAGCGGGAGUGCAUCUGUCGGCGGAAAUCGAGACAAACAGCUGUCGUCGAGUCCCAAAUCGGAUGCUUGCCAUUGCCAUUGCCAUUGCCAUUGCCAUCGCCAUUGCCAUCGCCAUUGCCAUUGCCGAUGGACCUGCCGCCCAGUCGCUUUUGGUCCAUGG